ACGCAUUUUUUGCCUUGUUGGAAGGUGGUUUCAGUAGGAAGCGCUGAGACUGUAGCAGCGAAGAAACGCUGAGUAGAAAAAAACCCACAAGACACCCGGACGCUCUCACUCGAAUGGUAUUUUGUCUCCUGUCGUCGAGCGAUGUCAGUCACUGAGGACCUUCCAGACAUGGAUGGAACAGACCUGUUGGGGCUGCUGUUCAACAGUGGAGAGGACUGGUCUGCUGAGCCUCUCUUUCCUGAUGGGAACGGGCUCAUUGAAUCCUGGCUAUCUGAACAAGAUAUGCUGACAGGUAUGGAUACUGAAGAAUUUCUCUCCAGCUUGUUAGAGGGAGAGGACAAGAUGGAGGCUAUCUGUCCCUCUCAUUCUCCCUUGGGCAGCGACAGCGGCAUUUCUGAUGACAGCAGCACUGGAGUUGGAAACAACAACCAUCUGGGAUGCCCGAGUCCCCAGUGCAGUGAUAGUGACGUUGUGCCCAGUCCCAGCUACUCCCAGCCCAGCCCGGAGCACACGGACCCUGCCCUGGCCCCUGGAGAGUUGCAGGCAGAGAGCCUGGAGGCCUUAACAGUCCAUGCGGAUCACAGCUACUCCCUGCUGCAAAGCGGAGGCAGGGACAUGGAUAUCCUGCAGAGUGUGAGGGCAGAGAAGCCAGAUACAGAUGUCUUCAUUGAUUUGGACGACUUGUUGAGUGAGGACAUGGAGGAGGAGGAGGAGGAGGACAACACAUGUGAGCUGCCCUGCACUUUGUCCAUAGAGGACUCAACACAGGAACCCAACAAAACAGACCAGUUUCAGUUUAAAGAGAUUGUGCUCACUGAGGAGGAGAAGCGGCUUUUGACGAAAGAGGGAGCAACUAUUCCCACACACAUGCCUCUCACAAAGGCAGAAGAGAGGACCUUGAAGAGGGUCAGGAGGAAGAUCCGCAACAAGCAAUCUGCUCAGGAGAGCCGCAAGAAGAAGAAGGUGUAUGUUGAUGGACUGGAAAACAGGGUUGCCAUCUGUACCGCACACAACCUGGAACUACAGAAGAAAGUCCAAAUGCUUCAGAAACAGAACAUUUCCUUGAUAGAGCAACUGAGGAAGCUUCAGACAAUGGUGAAGAUGUCGACCAUGAAGGCCAGCACAACCAGCACAUGUGUUAUGGUGUUCCUGCUCUCUUUCUGUCUCAUCAUCUUCCCGUCAGUCAAUCCAUUUGGCCGAAACGCAGAAGAGAAAGAGCUCUACACACCCUCUUCGAGCAUCUCCCGGGCCUUGCGCUCAGUGCCACCAGGAAGCUCUGACGCCAUCCCCUACCUUGAGCCUAAAGAUACAGAGAUUCUCUUAGUGCACCAAGCGGAGGUGGAGAACGUUAAAGCCAUCUUUGCCGGCGGUCAGAAGAAUCACACCCCUGACUACCAGAGGGUGGAGCAGCCUGAUUCAGAAACAGGAGUGAAUAGCAACUCCUCUGCAGACUUCGCCAGUCCCACUCAGGCUACAGAGAUGACGCCGGGGCCGGCUGGCGGAGUAGCGGCCUUACAGGAAGGAUCCAUUGAUGCUGCAGUGGCGUAUGAGGUCACAGGAUCCAAGGAUAACUGGAUAGACCAGAACCCCCCGUCUGUCAUAUUACAACAGCACCGCUCAGAUGAAAUGUAGUAGGGAGGUGUUGAUCAAUAUGAUCAGCAGAGGGAGCCAUAUUCCCAAUGUUUUAGGUAGGUAACUUAAACAAGGGAGGAGGGAAAAUAUCAGUAAUUAUUAAGAUAUAUGAUCAAUCUGUCUGUACCUUCUUUCACCUCUAACGGCCAUCUGAUGUACUACUGUUACUUUAUUGCACUUUCUGUUCUGAUUUCCUUGUUCCAGUGGGCAAAAAAGAACUGGAAAGAGAUUCCCAUAUUUCAGCAGUGUUAACUGCCAAAAGAUUGGGACGUUGCAGUGAUAAUAUACACGCCUGUGUUGCUGGAGGCAACACACUACUUCGGUAGCACUGAGGGCUCUCAUCUUAUUGUUCAAAGUGGUGUUAACGACCAAAAUUUGUACGUUUGUGGGCACUGACGCAGUAAAAAUUAUGAACCAGCAGUUGAUUACGUCAAGAUAAGUAUUACAUGAUGCAAUUAUUAUUUAUCGCCAGAUUCUAGGGAGAGCUUUGUCUUGACUCUCCCAUAGUAAAUUAUUGUGAAAAGAAGUAGUCUUCAGCAGACUAGCCAGGAGCAUCCAUUGCAUUGUAAAAGAUGGCUGCUUGUUUCUCAUAAAGCUUGAUUAAAGUGGUUGACACAAAUGCUUAAGCCAUUGCAGGACAUUUGGCCAUUUAGAAGACUUGUAAAGUUUGUUAGUAUUUCCCUUGUAACAAGGGUAUUCAUGCUCCUUUUUAAUUUUGGAAUGCUUUGUUUUUACGUUGUACAGUAAAGCAAGAAAAAAUGUCUGCUAAAUAUAGAACAAGACACCCUUGACUUUGUCAUUGUUAGCCAACCCAAGUCUACCCCUGCAAAUUCCUCUUUUUCAUUUCCUCGGGACAGUCUGAAAUACUUCAGCACAUAUGUGCACAGAAUACGGGGUUUGAUAUAUUUGCUCAGUAAACCGUGUUGCAGUAAAAAUAUACUCAAAAAUGUAAUGACCUGUUUUGUCAGUGAGGCAUAUUUUUUGUGUAUUUUAUUAUGUUACUGUUAGUAAUAAAUGGAAUCUAAAUGGUAUUGGAACUGCUUUUUGUUAUAAUCGACAGUCAAUGAGAUUUUAAAUGUUGAUCAUGUUGAACAAAUGCACUGACAUUUGACGUAGUCCAAGAAGGGAAUGUAAAUACGCUUAAAUGAUUGUGGCUCUUAUGUACAUUUGAACUCUGUAUGUAUAAGACAUGUCUGGACCUCUAUAAUAAUAAACUUUUUAUAAAUCAGAA